AUGGCUCAAUUCACCCAAGUGGACCUUUUACAAGUUACAACAUGCCUUGAAUCAAACCCCAAAGCUCUACUCGAAGACCUGUUAACGGCAAAUCCCAGCGUCGCGUUCGUCCGAUUCCAAUGGGUGGACUAUGCUGGCAUAGUCCGCGCGAAAUCGCUAAUGGUUGAGUCAUGUCGCUCACUACUCGCUGAAGAUAACUUCGUUCGCCUUCCUCCAAUGGCUCUCCACUGUGCUAUAGACAGCACUCUGCUUCCUGGUACAGACUAUCCUGGCACACAUUGGCUUGUCCCUGACUGGUCAUCACUAAGGUUGAGCUCCAACCCGAAAGCACUGAUCCUGAUGUGUGGUGUCUACUGCGGGCCGACACCUUACUCGCUGAAUUCCAAGUGGGACCUUUGCCCGCGUGGAGCUCUUGUCAGACAAAUUCAACGAGCAGAAGAUGAAUGGGGUCUCAAAUUUCUCGUCGGCUUUGAGGUGGAAUUUCAGGUGAUGAAGCAGGCAGACCGUAGAGGAGAUGGCAUGGUACCGCUUAGCAACGGGCUUGGUCACUUCGCUACUGCUGGCAUGCUUGAUCCUUGCUGGAGUGUAGUCGAGGAGUGUGCAGAAAAGCUCCGCAGCAUGGGAGUGCGUGUGGCAUCACUACACCCCGAAGGACUUCGCGGUCAAUAUGAGAUUGCAUUAUCACCGUCGUCUCCACUUCAAGCCGUUGACGAGCUGAUGCUGGUCCGAAGCGUUCUCAAAGAGACGUUUCAUAGUCGUGGAGGCACGGCGACUUUGUCCCCCAAGCCCAUGGCGGCGGGAGGGCAGCAGAUGAAUGGACAACACAUGCAUAUCUCGAUACAGCAUGCAAAUUCUGAUCAAGAAGAGUGGUUCCUCGCCGGAAUCCUCAAGCGGUUGCCCAACCUGUGGGCGAUCUUGCUCGCGCAGAAAGCCUCCUACGAUCGUGUAGCGCCUUGGAUGGCCGGUGAUCGGAUCGCGUGGGGAACAGAAAACCGAACAGUUCCCAUUCGGAGGAUCCGCCCAGAUCACUGGGAAAUAAGAGGCAUGGACGCAACAGCAAACGUAUACUUAGCUUUGGCGGCGGUACUAAGCGCCGGGCUAAUUGGAAUCUCCAACAAGGCACCCUUAACCUGGCCUGACGCUUCGUCUUCGAAGGCAGAUAUUCAAGAUGAUCCACUUCCACGAUCUUUAUCAGAGUCAUUGGCGAAAUUAGAGGACAGUUCGUGCGGCCUCGAUCAAAUGCUUGGCGAGCGUUUGGUCCGCCACUACAUUGACCUGAAGAGAUACGAGCUAUCGCAGAUGGAAGACAUGGGCUCGGAGAAGGCGAGGAACCUGCUCAUUGAAGUUUUUUGA